AUGGGCACGUGCUCAUCAAAAAAUAGCACUGAUGUUGUGCAUGCCGUUGUCUCAGUUCAGGCAAGAAAAUCAUUUUCCAAUAAAUCUGUGAAAAAAGCCGAUUCAUCCUCAAUCGCAUUCCCCACACCCCCACCUACCCAACAAGUUCCUGAUCAUCUUGUGGAAAAAUCGGACUCAUCCUCGAGGACACCCCCGCCUACCCAAAAAGUUCUUGAUCAUCUUGUGGAAAAAUCAGACUCAUCCUCGAGGGCAUCCCCCACACCCCCGCCUAUCCAACAAUUUCCUGAUCAUCCUGUAAAAAAAUCAGUCUCAUUCUUGAGCGCAUCCCCCACACCCCCUACCCAAAAAGUUCCUGAUCAACAUGUGGAAAAACUUGAUUUGUCUGCAAACGCAUCUCCCACAACUUUACCUACCCCCUACAACCAGAUUCUCAAAGCCAAUGAAGACUCUAGUUUGAAAAGAGCGCUGUCUCUACCUGUAGUUAGCAGCCGCCAGCUUGUUUGCUCAGACAAUAAAAAGCCGGCUGAACACGUUUUCUCUAAGGAGGACAGUGACAUUACACAUUCGUAUGAUGGCAAACUCAGUCCCUUGGUAGUUGAUCCCGACCCUAUAGAAAACAAUCCAAAUCAUUCGGAGGAAGCUUGUCAGGAGCUAGUAUCCGCGCUUGUAUCUAUUGACGAAGAAGCGAGAGAAAAAGUACAAACAAUUCUUACGAAUUGGGAAGAGUCGGAAAUCAUGUCGACCAUCAACGAUCAUGCUCAAAGUGCCUCAAACCAAACAAUUGAUGGUGACCUUUCCAAGUUAGCGUUGUACUUAACAGAUGAUCUCGGCUAUUCAGAUCUCGCGAAAGCGUUCGCCAUUUACAUUUGGAUAUGCACCAACAUUUCAAUAAACAAGAGUAUUCGUACGAAGUAUGAGACGAAGUACACCGAUCAUGAAUCGUAUAUCGAAGCCCAACAUGUUUUGAAAUACGAAAGUUCAAACUAUGUCGGGUAUUCAAUUCUCUUUGUUGAAUUGGCCAAAUUGGCUGGGAUUAGAGCCAAGGUGAUCAGAGGGGAGAUAUCUCAUGUACCCACUCCAGCGCUACCAGCCGAUGAAGCGAGGAAGUCUACAGCUAUUGCUCAUACUUGGAAUGCGGUAAAAUUGGAUGAAGUCUGGUUCCCUGUCGACUGUACCUUCGGAGCAAACUAUUUUGACAAAUCGAUGGAGGCCAGGUACAACUACAUUCGUCACUUUUUUGCCGCCACCCCCUCCACUUUCAUCCUCACCCAUUGGCCAAAUAAGAAGAAGUGGCAGCUGCUUGAAACUCCUGUCGAACGAGAAGCGCUCGACCCGCUAGUUAUUCUCCCCUCGUGUGCAGCUGGUAGAGGAAUACGUCCUCUAACUUGGAGACGAUCAAUCAUAGUAAGCGACGAAAAUCAGCACUCAACUGUCGUCAAAUUAACAGCCCAUCCGUCACUGAGAAUAGGAGUCAAGCUGCAAUACAUGAAUAUGAAAACCUUUAACUAUGAGGAGGUCACGAGCAAAAACCUCAUCUGUGUUCAGCGGGACGAAGACGCAGUGUGCAUCCGUGCAGCACUUCCUUUUAAGGGGUCAUACUCACUACUUCUCACAGUAAAUAGGGAAAAAAGGAGAGGAUCUCGAGUUCCACAAGUGUUUCUUUCUUACAACAUAUGUGUAACUCAUAUGAGCAAACCAUUACAGCAAAUCGGCUACCCCAAGGUUUACCAAAUGGCUGCAUCAGCAUACAAUUUCCAACUACUUUUCUGGAACCAGUCCUCUCAUGAUUAUAUUUGUGAGAGUGAUUCAGAGCAGCUGAAUUUGGCAUUCAAGGCAAAGAGAAAAAUGACUUGUUUGCACUUUCUUGUCCCUGGGAAAACUCAACAAACCAGGCCAAAGGAUCACAGCGUUGUGUACUACUACAAUACCAUGGUUGUUACAGAAACAGAUGGUGCUGGCAGUGACCAGGGCCUGCACAUGCUCAAAGUGAUAUUCCCUGCGGAAGGGUGGUGGACCAUCUGCUUGAAUGGAACGAAAGGCAACCCAAACUUUCAAUCACUAGCCCCCUAUGUUACACUGCUGAGCUAUCAGGUGUACGCUCAUCGAGGAGACUCAACCUCCACCUUCCCCUACAUCAUUUCACCACAGGUGUCUGUCUGCUACUUCGAUCCGAUAUCAAGUGUCUCUGAGUCUAUUGAUAUUCCGUUCACAACCACAAAGCCAUUGGAAUUCCAAGCGUACCUUAUGGAAAAUAUUCCAAAUGCUCCUGAGUUGGAGUCCUAUGUUCAGAUCAAACAAGCUGAGCUCUCCUCAAACCAGUACAGACUCACAGCCAUGUUCCCGAAACCUGGCCAAUGGCAUGUUCAUGUGUUUGCUUGUCCAGAGGAAGAUGACGAAGAUAACGAGACCGUCCGUGGUUUGUUUUCUCUUCUUGUGAAUGUUGAAACGCCUAUGCAAGGUGCUGUGUCAGUGGCUCUCAGUUUAACAAUUGCAGAAAAGAUUCAACUCUACUUUCCAAACAAAGGUUACAUCAGUUUCCCUGAUAUCGGCAAGCCAUUGACAAUUGACUUUGAAUGUGAUAAAAACACAUCUUUCCAGCAUCGAGUGUUUCCAGAAGAUCAAGACGAAAAAACUUCAAAAGAGUACAAUGGCCUGUCGCUCUUUACGCACUGUACGUACCUCACUCCACUCAACCGACCAGGUCUUCCCUCAAGCUUUCGUCCGAUUCUACUGUCACGACGAUCAAUAACCCAACCAGUACUGCCUACUCACCUGUGUGAAAUCAUCUCUUAUCAAUUGCAUGCCUCCUUUCCUUGGCCCGGAAAAUGGACUGUGAAGGUCUUUGCUCAAGCUCCUGGAAGUUCUGAUUACUCACUAGCAUUUCACGUUACUAUGAAAGUAACCAAGCCCUCGAGAGGAAUUUGUUAUCCCUUUAUCUAUGAGGAAUUUAUUCAGCUUGGCAUUCGCAUACCAAUAGAAUCUAUCUGCUACAAUCCAAUCUGUAGUGAAUCAACACAAUUUGAGCUCCCUUUCAUUGCCCCAGAUGAUCUCCAAUAUACCUGGAAUAUUGAAGUUGCCGGUAGUGAUAGCUGCUAUAAGAAACAAGGCUUUGUCUAUAUAUCCGGGAACGCCCUUGCCGGACCUCCAAACAACCACUUUCAACUGUCGUUUUCAACCCCUGGCAUCUGGAGAGCAGUACUCUUUGCCAAAAAAUCUACUCCAGAAGACAGCAUACCUGAGGAAGACAGCUACAAACCUGUGCUUGAGAUUUCCCUUUUGGUCAACACUGUCGACAAAGAUGUAGCUUUUCCUGAGAUUUACCCAGCCUUCAAAAAAUAUGGCCUAAGCAUUGCAAAAAUGAAUAUUCCUUUUCUCUCUCGUGUGCAAAAUAGUGUACAAAACACUUCUACUACAGUGAUAGUUUCGCUGUUCAGUUUGGGUCCGGGUAAUGUGCAAUUUUAUUGUCGCGUCAAGUGUGCUGAGAAGACCGAAGAAGAAAAUCGGUUGUUGUUGCUGCGUAGUCAGAUGUUGGAGGACACAUAUUCUGGGCUUAAUGAAAUUCGUGUCGAUAUAUCUGAACCUGGAACAUACAAGAUACAGCUCGGGGCAAAGUGGAGGGAUUGCAAGGAAUAUAAGUAUGAACCUGUGCUCACUCAUAUCGUUAGCAGUAUCUGAGGAACUACACUUUUUUUUUUAGAUAGCGACGUAUAGGAUAGUGUAUUGUAUUGAUUUUCUCUACCAGUAGUACCCUCGUUCAUUUGCAUUGUAAUUUUAGACUACUUUUGAUCAUUAACCAAUGCGUG